GACACCUUUCCUGAGCGGCUCACACUGAGUCCUGCCUGGGGACUUCAUGCCAGCAUGGCCCUGCCAGCGCUGGCUCAGACAUUCCUCCUGGUCCUUGCUCCUCUGCUGCUUGCACGGGAACAGAUGCACCACAGUCCUAUGACUCCGUGGGUACAUACUGAAGCAGGAAGAUGUCCAGCUCCCUCUGACUGGGACCCCAAACUGCAGUUUAAACCGAGGAGGAGCAGCUAUGCCUUGAAUGAAGUGGUGCAGCUCAGCUGUGUAGGGGAACCUGUGCCAUCUGUCCCACGGAUCCAAUGCAUUUCCAGAGGGACCCGGAUUCUGUGGAAUGACACUGCCACCUGCAAAGAAACAUGCCAAAGGCCUGCUUGGUGGGACCCCAGACUCCAGCUGGCACCAGCCCGUGACCGCUACACAGAGAAUGAAGAAGUGACUCUGAGCUGCAGCAAUGGUUUCCAGCCAUCUUUCACCCGUGUCAAAUGUGCAAACAGGGUUCAGCUAUUGAAUUAUUCUGGAUCUCUAAAGGGAGAUUUGUGGCUGGGGAGAAAGAGCAGUGACGUGUGGAUUCAGCUUCAGGGGAACAUAGUGUGCCUUGAGAAAUGCCGGAAGCCCCAGUGGGACCCCAAGUUUAUCUUUGACCAAGAACAGGGGACCUUCAACCCAAAUGAAGUGGUGAAGAUGAGGUGCCCUGAGGGGCACUGGCCUCCACCCAUGGAGAUCAAAUGCGUGAUGUUGAAGCCAAAGGAACGUUCCAUGAUUCCUCGUAGUGGCUGGAUAGUGAGGAAUGGCACAGACAACUGGCACAUUAUGGAGGAGAACUUGACCUGUGUGGAUGUCCUCCAGGUUGUCCCUGACACCCUGAAGAUUUCCAGCACCAGCGUCAAACUGAACUGGACUUGCAUGCUCCCUGACAUGUGCCAGCAUAUUCGGGCCAGGUGCCGGCUGGAGCAGCGCUCCUCCUCAAACUGUGAGGGUGAGGAGGUGAAGGGAGAGGAGAUGUUACAAGGCCAGGAGGGAACUUUCACCUGCUCCCCUCUGCAGCCCUUCACUGUCUACAGUGUCACAAUCUCCCUGCUGCCUAGCACAAUCCUGUACACACGGCUCCUCAGGACAAAGGAAAUGGUGCCAGACAAACCAGAGGAGCUGCGGCUGGAUCCCAGCACAGGGUCCCUCAGAUGGAAGGCGCUGCCCUCCUGCAAAGGGGAGAUCAUUGGAUACCAGCUGAACAUCACCACCAUGAGAGCAGAGGACGGCAGCUUCCUCGAAUUCAGUCAGGUGUUGGUGAACCAGUCUGUCUCUGAGUACGUGCCACCUCGUCAGACAGCUGGCAGCAAAUACCUGGUGACAGUGCAGGGCCUCACAGCGGCUGGGGCUGGGGCUGCAUCACAGCUGGAAUUCCAAACCUAUGUCCUGGUUUCAGGGCAGCCUCUGGGCCCUUGGCCUGGCUCAGCAGUCACAGUAGUGGUGGUGGUGGUGGUGGUGGUGGUGUUGAUCCCCUUGUCUGCAGGGAUCCUCUGGUUCAUGCUGUCCAGAAAAAAGAAGGCCUUGCCCAGCAAAGUCGAGGAGGAUCAUUACACAGAGCUCCAGCCCUAUGAGAAUGCACGUGAGGAUAAUUACUGUGUGAUGAAGACUUUUCUGGCAGAGAAAGAUGCAGGUAAAUAUGGCCAGGCUGGAGAGGCAUUUCCCAAGCCCCUGCCUGUUCUAGUGUUCUCAGGAGAGUCAGAGCAGUGAGGAAGAAGAGCAGCUGGAAGGGACAUCUGAGGCUCAGUGGUGAUGGCACUUCCCUUCUUGAGGCUUGGCCCUCCACCGCUGGAAGCAGGACAAUCUCGUGGUUCUCGUGGGUUAUUGCUUCCCCUCAAACUUUCUCCUUCAUCAAGCUCCAGAAUCCUCUGUCACAGCACAGGAGCAGCUCAAGUAAUGGGAUGACCUUCUUGUGGCAGCAAGGAUGUAUUCUGGUAGUUGUCCAGUGCUCUGGCAUAGCCAUCUCACCAGCAUCUUGGUGCCUGCAAAUGUCCCCUGAGACUGAAGGAACUCACAACUCCUCUUUCCACCCUGUGUCCUGUAUCCUCCUAGACCCUGUCCUCUGCUUGAGGUUGGCCCAGCUGUGCUGCCCUGGCCAUUAUGCUGCUGUGUCUGAACAACCAAUAAAUUGUUCUGGUUUGCAGGGGCUGCCUGGCCCACAACA